AAAUAAGGUGAGCCCAUGAUCACACUACCUAAAAUUCCAAUUCUACCCUUCUCUUCCUCCUCCAACCCCUAUAUCUCUAUUUCUCCUUUUUCUGGGUUUUCCUCUUUUCUUUCCUUCUUUCUUUUUCUCUCUCUUCAAUCUUCAUCCACAACUUUUCCAAGAGAAGAAAAAGAAAGAAGAAAAAACAAAGAGAAACAAACAGUAAAAAAAACCCAGCUUAAUUUUUUACCACUCAAUUCUUCUGUGAAGCCGGAGCACAAUUCGAUUCCAGGAAUCCCUUUUUCACUGAUCUCAGGGCUUUGUGAUCUGGGCAUUCCUGGAAUCAAUGUUGUCAGAAAUCUAAUUAUUGUAGCAAAAAUCUUGGCUUUGCUCAUCUUUUAUUGUAUGAAUGGGGUAGCAAGUCAAUUCCUGAUGAGACAGUGUAUGGGUUUUGAGCAAUCAGAUGAGAAUCUAAUGUAUACUAUACAGUGCAGUGGUUGCCUUGCAUGUUGUAUUAAGCCUGAGUCAAUAGCUUCCUUGGAUGAGCGACGAAAAGGUUGUAUAAGUCGAGGUCAAACCAGAAGAGUGCCCAGUAUUUCCAGGGAUUAUUGGACCACAAGUGUGUGUGAUAUGGACAACAGUGCAAUGCAGUCACAAGGAAGCUUAUCAUCCAUUAACGCAUCAAUUGAUACCCCUUCUGGUGUCAGCAGCUCUAAUCCGCCUUCCGAAUAUGUAAAUCAUGGUCUUCUUCUCUGGAACCAGACCAGGCAACGCUGGGUAGAUAAUAAAAAUCAAAGUAACAAAAGGCAUCAAGUUCGUGAUCCUAAAAUUAGCAACUGUUGUUACAGCAUACUUGAUUCGUUCUGGCCUUGCAGUUGGAAUGCAACCUACGAAAGCUUACUCGGGAGUAAUAAACCGUUCUCUCAACCAGUACCUCUCGCUGAGAUGGUAGAUUUUCUUGUGGAUAUCUGGGAGCAGGAAGGGAUGUAUGAUUGACGAAAACCGAGAUCUGGGUAGUUAGUAGCAUGCCAUCCAUCAAGUGUGGCAAACACACAAUUUACAUGCAAUCCUUGAGCUAAUGCGUUAGGGAAAGGAUUAGGGAAAACUUCAUUUGUACCAAUGUUGUGUGACUUAUCUUAAAGGCUUCUCUUGGUUUCUUCUUGUGCUGUAACUGGGUGUUUUUUAAACUAAUGGAACUUGCUGCUGUUUCUCCA